AUGAAAAUAAACAUGACGACAGACAGCUCAACCUGUUACAACAAUACUGAUGUUAAGCAUUACUAUACAAUAACAUACACUUUGAUUCUGGUCCCUGGAUUAAUAGGGAAUGUUUUAGCUCUGUGGGUCUUUUAUGGCUACAUGAAAGAAACUAAAAGGGCUGUGAUAUUUAUGAUCAAUCUAGCCAUUGCUGACUUAGCACAAGUUUUAUCCCUUCCUCUAAGGAUUUUCUACUACUUGUCUGGAACAUGGCACUUUGGAGAAGGUCUCUGUAUAUUUUGUUUCUACCUUAAGUAUGUAAAUAUGUAUGCAAGCAUCUACUUCUUGGUUUGCAUCAGUGUAAGACGAUUUUUGUUUCUUAUGUACCCCUUCAAGUUCAGUGACUGCAAACGUAUAUAUGAUGUGUACAUCAGUAUCGCUGGGUGGAUUGUAGUCUGCAUUGGCUGUUUGCCUUUUCCUCUUCUAAGAUUUAACUCUAGUAAGAUGAAUACCAAUACAUGCUUUGCAGAUCUUCCCAUAAAGGACAUUAACCUUUCCAACUCCAUUGUGAUGAUGACCUUAGGUGAGCUGAUUGGGUUUGUAACUCCUCUGCUGAUAAUUCUGUAUUGCUCAUGGAAGACUAUCCUAUCAUUAAAAGAAAAGAAUUCCAUUUCCCAUGACUUUGGAGAGAAAAAAAAGGCUUUAAAGAUGAUCCUCACCUGUGCUGUGGUAUUUCUGAUUUGCUUUGCACCUUAUCAUAUCAGUUUUCCUUUAGAUUUCCUUGUUAAAUCAAGACGGAUACAAAACCAAUGUGCCCGAAAUGUGAUUUCAAUAUUUCAUGCAGUGGCUUUGUGUCUUGCCAGUUUGAAUUCCUGUGUAGACCCAGUCAUAUACUACUUCACUACAGAUGAGUUCAGAAGACGACUUUCAAGACAAGAUUUGCAAGACAGUAUUCAGUUACACAACAGAAGUUAUGCGAAAAAACAUUCCAGAACUGUGUAA